GGGCUGGCCCCGAUGCCCCAGGCCCAGGGUGGCACCAGGGGGUGCUUUGCUAUAGGACCCUGGCUCUGUAGGGGGCGCUCCCUUCUGCACCAGCCUUUGAUGGCUUAGAGAACAGCUGUCAAUGAGAGGAGGAAGUGAACCGCACCACGCCUCCCGUUUGGGCCGUGCUAAGAGCCCUAGCAAACCCCUGGGAUGCAGGGCCUGAGGAAGAACAAAGGACCAAUACGAGAUGUACUCGGUGGAGAUGGAGAAGCAGGGCAAUGGUGACAUGGACGUGAAGAUCAAGAAGAAGAAGACGAACAAGGCGGCGAAGAAGAAAGAGAAGCUGGAGAGCAUGAAGAAAGAGAUGGACGUGGACGAUCAUCAGCUCUCGGUGGAAGACCUGGAGCUGAAAUACCAAACCAACGUGACCAAGGGCAUGAACAGCACCGUGGCAGGAGAGGUCUUGCUCCGGGAUGGCCCCAACGAGCUCAAACCCCCCAAGGGGACCCCUGAAUAUGUCAAAUUCGCCCGCCAGCUGGCCGGGGGGCUGCAGUGCCUGAUGUGGGUGGCCGCUGCCAUCUGCCUCAUAGCCUUCGGCAUCCAGUGCGGCCAAGGAGACCUGACCAGCGCGGAUAACCUGUACCUGGCUAUUGCCCUCAUCGCCGUGGUGGUCGUGACCGGCUGCUUUGGCUACUACCAGGAGUUCAAGAGCACCAACAUCAUCGCCAGCUUCAAGAAUCUCGUGCCACAGCAAGCCACAGUGAUUCGGGACGGGGACAAAUUCCAGAUCAACGCCAACCAGCUGGUGGUGGGUGACCUGGUGGAGAUCAAGGGCGGGGACAGGGUCCCGGCUGACAUCCGGAUCAUCACAGCACAGGGCUGCAAGGUGGAUAACUCGUCUCUGACAGGGGAGUCCGAACCCCAGACCAGAGCCCCCGAGUGCACCCACGAGAGCCCCCUGGAGACCCGGAACAUCGCCUUCUUCUCCACCAUGUGCCUGGAAGGCACCGCCACCGGCAUCAUCGUUAACACCGGAGACCGCACCAUCAUCGGGCGCAUCGCCAGCCUGGCCUCGGGCGUGGAGAACGAGAAGACGCCCAUCGCCAUCGAGAUCGAGCACUUUGUGGAUAUCAUCGCCGGCCUGGCCAUCUUCUUCGGGGGCACCUUCUUCGUCGUCGCCAUGGUGAUCGGCUACCCCUUCCUCAAGGCCAUGGUCUUCUUCAUGGCCAUUGUGGUGGCCUAUGUGCCCGAGGGGCUGCUGGCCACUGUCACGGUCUGUCUCUCACUCACAGCCAAGCGUCUGGCUCGAAAGAACUGCGUGGUGAAGAAUCUAGAGGCAGUGGAAACUCUGGGCUCCACCUCUGUCAUCUGCUCUGACAAAACGGGUACCCUGACCCAGAACCGCAUGACUGUCUCCCAUCUCUGGUUCGACAACCAGAUUCAUACGGCUGACACCACAGAGGACCAGUCAGGGCAAAGCUUCGAUCAGUCAUCAGAGACAUGGCGAGCUCUGUGCAAGAUCGUGUCUCUCUGCAAUCGAGCCUUUUUCAAAUCAGGCCAGGACAACGUGCCGGUGCCCAAGAGGAUCGUGAUUGGAGACGCCUCAGAGACGGCGCUGUUGAAGUUCUCCGAGAUCACGCUGGGGAACGUCAUGGAGUACCGGGAGCGCUACAAGAAAGCCUGUGAAAUCCCCUUCAACUCCACCAACAAAUUCCAGCUGUCCAUCCAUGAGCUGGAGGACCCCCGGGAUCCCCGGUACCUGCUGGUGAUGAAGGGAGCCCCGGAGCGGAUCCUGGAGCGUUGCGCCACCAUCAUGAUCAAGGGGCAGGAAUUGCCCCUGGACGAGCAGUGGAAGGAGGCGUUCCAGACAGCGUACAUGGACCUGGGGGGCCUGGGGGAGCGUGUGCUGGGGUUCUGUCACCUGUACCUGGACCCAGGGCAGUUCCCACGCGGCUUCGCCUUCGACACCGAGGACAUGAACUUCCCCACCAGCGGGCUCUGCUUCGCCGGCCUCAUCUCCAUGAUCGACCCACCCCGCGCCACCGUGCCUGACGCCGUCAUGAAGUGCCGCACGGCCGGCAUCCGGGUUAUAAUGGUGACUGGAGACCACCCCAUCACGGCCAAGGCGAUUGCGGCCAGCGUGGGCAUCAUCUCAGAGGGCAGCGAGACGGUGGAGGACAUCGCCGCCAGGAUGCGCAUCCCCGUGGAGCAGGUCAACAAGCGGGAGGCCCGGGCCUGCGUGGUGAACGGGGGGCAGCUGAAGGACAUGGAGACCGAGGAGCUGGUCGAGAUCCUGAAGAUGCAUCCCGAGAUGGUCUUCGCCCGGACCUCCCCCCAGCAGAAACUGAUCAUCGUAGAGAGCUGCCAGAAACUGGGUGCCAUUGUGGCCGUGACAGGCGACGGGGUGAACGAUUCCCCAGCUCUGAAGAAGGCUGAUAUCGGGGUGGCCAUGGGCAUCGCCGGCUCUGAUGCGGCCAAGAACGCGGCCGACAUGAUCCUGCUGGACGACAAUUUUGCUUCCAUCGUUACCGGCGUGGAGCAAGGCCGCCUGAUUUUUGACAACCUGAAAAAAUCCAUCGCGUACACCCUGACCAAGAACAUCCCGGAGCUGACCCCGUAUCUGAUCUACAUCACGGUCAGCGUCCCCCUGCCCCUGGGCUGCAUCACCAUCCUCUUCAUCGAGCUUUGCACUGACAUUUUCCCCUCGGUGUCCCUGGCCUACGAGAAAGCCGAAAGCGACAUCAUGCACCUGAAGCCCCGGAACCCCCGACGCGACCGGCUGGUGAACGAAGCCCUGGCUGUGUACUCCUACUUCCAGAUCGGGGCCAUCCAGUCCUUCGCAGGCUUCACGGACUACUUCACGGCCAUGGCCCAGGAGGGCUGGUUCCCCCUGCUCUGCGUGGGGCUGCGGGCCCAGUGGGAGAACGACCACCUCCAGGACCUGCAGGACAGCUACGGGCAGGAGUGGACGUUUGGGCAGCGCCUGUACCAGGAAUACACCUGCUACACCGUCUUCUUCAUCAGCAUCGAGAUGUGUCAGAUCUCGGACGUCCUCAUCCGCAAGACUCGCCGCCUCUCCGUCUUCCAGCAGGGCUUCUUCAGGAAUAAAAUCCUGGUGAUCGCCAUCGUGUUCCAGCUCUGCCUGGGCUGCUUCCUGUGCUACUGCCCCGGCAUGCCCAACAUCUUCAACUUCAUGCCCAUACGAUUCCAGUGGUGGCUGGUGCCGUUACCUUACGGCAUCCUCAUCUUCGUCUAUGAUGAAAUUCGAAAGCUGGGAGUCCGCAGGCACCCUGGAAGCUGGUGGGACAAAGAACUUUACUACUAAAGGCAAAGCUCUGCCCCGCGGCUGCCGCUGCCCCUCGGCCUCCUGCAGCACCUCAGGCUUUACACUCACCCCCUCAGUGCAGCAAAAGAGAUACAGACGCCCCCGCCGUGCUCCCAGUCCCUGCUUCCCCAGCCUGGAAACUACUGGAGAAUGCAACGCCUCAGCCAGCCCCCUCGGGCCAGGGGCACCAGCCAUGGAGGGAACAAGACUGUUCAUAGCUACUCCUUGUUGGCUCUCUUUGUAUAGAUGGCAGCAGGACUCCUGGGUUCUACCCCUGGCUCUGGGAGGGGAGUGGUGUCUAGUGGUUAGAGCCAGGAGGCUGGGAGCCAGGAUUCCUGGUUCUAUCCCCAGCUGUGGGAGGGAAGUGGGGUUGAAGGGCUAGAGUGGGGGUUGGAGGCAGGACUCCUGGGUUCUCUCCCUGGCUGUGGGAAGGGAGUGGUGUCUAGUGGUUAGAGCAGAGGCGGGGCUAGGAGGCAAGACUCCUGGGUUCUAUCCAUAUCACUGUUUCCCAUUGGUCAGGCACUGCUCACCCCUCCCCUUGCUGGGGUGGGGGAGCAUUAGCAGAUGCCCGGUUCCCAUGGCAGGCAUGGCUAGGUAGCGGUGGCUUUCAGCCGGCCCAUCUCUGCAGCGAUAGGACACAGGGAGCCGGACAGACAUCAACCAAUCGGCUUCAAUUCCCAGCUCUCCCCCCCACCCUGGGACGCCUCCCUUGUUUGCAUCACACGGACCCAGGACAAGAAAAUACUCCAUGAGGGGCUGACAGACGAGCGUCCUGCCUCCCUGUGUUCCCGGGGGAGCCGGCCCCAGUGGGGUUCCAUUGUCCCCCUACGUGGGAUGGCAGCUUGGAGGACAAGCAAGAGGAGAGUGGGGGACUUUGAGCUGAACUGCAGCCCUCCCCCCGGCCACUCUGAGCAUCUGCCCAUCUAGCCUGGUAUCCCGUCACCAGCACCUGUCACCUAGCUAGCCUGGGAUCCUACUCCCUUCUUGCUCUCCCAGAUCAGCCCCAUGGGCCCAUCUAGCCCGGUAUCCCGCCUCCACCCUGACUCAGACCCCUUGGCCCCCACUCCCCCUCACUGAUCUGUGCUGGAUUCCUCGGGGGAAGGAGCACAGCUCCCACAAUGCACCUGGCUGCCCCAUGGCAGGGGCCUUGAUUCCAACCUGACCCCAAGGUGGGGCUCACCCCUCCCAAAAGCUAGGGCCCCCUGUCCU